ACAUUGCGUCGUAGCCGUCGUAGAAUGUAGAAUUGUAGAAUACCUCGCUCGUCGUGUAUUCUUCAUUUACCUACUGCGAAGAACGGCAUCGCGAAUAUAAGCACAAAGCAAAACUCGUGUCACGUUUUUUCACGUGUGGCAUAUAAAAAUGUCGAAACAAAACACAUUGCUCAAUUAUUUUACAUCACCAAAAAAUCCGAAGCCGGCAACGGGGAAAACACCGACUUCAAAGGGCAAAACCGGUGUCAACAAUAAAUCUACUCCGAAAUCUAAAUCUACGGCGAUAAAUUCUCCCAAGCCAUCGAAGAGCAAAGAAAUAAUUGCUAAGGAGAAGGAUUCCACGCCUACAAGAAAAAGACCUUUAAAAGAACGAAAUAGAGAUGAAGAGACGGACAAUGUGAAGCCAAAGAGGCGGAGGAUAAUUGUCCCAGAAGUGGAUAGCGAUUCGGCAGAUUCUGGAGAUGAAUACGUACCCGAAUCGUUGAAUGAGUCUUCAGAAGUAGAGCUUACUGGAGAAGAGGCUUCAGAAACAGACAUUACUCCAGAUGAAUCUGAUGAAGAAACACCCAAGAAAAAGAAAAAAUCAUCAAGAUCCACAGGCAAUGUUCGCAGUAAGAAAAGCCAAGCAGGAAAUGGGACUACGCAGACUUCUGGAGAUACGAAAUCGAAUGUUUUGCCAGCUGUUUCUGCGAUUUCGGGACCGGCUUCAGGUGCAGAUUCAUGGCCUCAUUUGCAUUAUGAUUUCCUUCAACCAAAUAAAAUAAAAGAUAUCAAAAAACGAUCUGCCAGUGAUCCGAAUUAUGAUCCUAAGACGCUUUAUGUGCCUCUGGAUUUUCUCAACAAUCAAACACCGGGAAUGCGACAAUGGUGGGAAUUAAAGAGUAAACAUUUCGAUUGCGUGCUCUUCUUCAAAGUUGGCAAAUUUUAUGAGCUGUAUCAUAUGGAUGCAGUUAUUGGUGCCAAUGUUCUUGGUAUUUCAUAUAUGCGGGGUGAAUGGGCUCAUUCGGGUUUCCCAGAAAUCGCAUAUGGACGUUUUUCGGGAAAUCUUAUCGAACGAGGAUACAAAGUUGCUCGUGUUGAACAGACCGAGACCCCCGAUAUGGUUACCGAACGUUGUCGCAAGGCGGGGAAAACAACGAAAUUUGACAAAGUUGUGAGACGUGAAAUAUGCCAGGUGAGCACGAGAGGCACUCGAGUUUUCACUCCUCAAGAUUCAGAAAUCGUAACGCCGCAGUCGAGUUAUCUUAUGACGCUGGUUGAGAAACACGAUUCUGAAAAUAACUUGCCAUCCUACGGAGUGUGUUUCCUGGACACCACGAUCGGUGAAUUUAAUCUCGGCCAAUUUCAAGACGAUCGUUGCAACUCUCGAUUGCUCACUCUUUUCUCUCAUCAUCCGCCGGCUCAAUUGGUUUACGAGCGUGGAAAUUUGUCCCAAGCAACCAUGAAAAUACUCGACAAUAUGCUUGUCACUUCGAUGAAAGAGCCCCUGCAGAAAGACGUACAAUUUUGGUCGGCAACCACGACACUUGAGAAACUUCACAACGCCGAAUACUUCAAAGAUCAGUCGAAUGGCACAGUUGCAUGGCCUGAAGGCCUCAAACCGUACCUGAGCGAAGGUGACAGCCUAGGCCUCACGCCAGCUGAAAACAAAGAACUGGCUGUCAAUGCUCUCGGCGGAUGCGUUUAUCUGUUGAGAGAUUAUCUUUUGGAUCAGCAAAUACUAGCGCAAAAACGAUUCAACACUUACAUACCUCCGGAUCACAAUAGAGAAUCGAUUGAUGAGGGCUUCAAUUCAGUCUCAACCAUGGUAUUGGAUGCUCUAACAAUAAACAACUUAAAAAUUCUCACAGGCGAAGGAUCACUUAUCGCAACACUGGAUCAUUGUUGUACGGCUUUCGGUAAAAGAUUGUUACGCGAAUUAAUCUGCAGACCGUCGUGCCAGAAAACAGUGAUAAUUCAACGUCAACAAGCUAUUACAGAAUUGCUGGAUCAUCCCGAUGUCGUCCAAAAAGUUCGCGGCAUUUUGGCUAAGUUACCUGAUCUCGAAAGACUCAUAAGCAAAAUACAUACUUAUGGAAACGCUUUGAAAGCAGCGGAUCAUCCUGACUCGCGUGCUAUUAUGUUUGAGAGAGAUACUUACUCUAAAAGAAAGAUUAUCGAUUUUCUUAGCGUUUUAGACGGUUUUGAAGAAGUUUUGGAGGUUUCGUCUCUUUUUGAAGAUUUCAGCUCCGAUUUGAUAAAACUGAGCAUGAAGACUGCUCCUGACGGUGAAUUUCCGACAUUGCGCGAGACUCUAGACUUCUUUAAGGUGGCGUUUGAUCACGAAGAAGCAAAGAAGGAAGGUUGCAUAAUACCGAAACAAGGAGUGGACUCCGAAUACGAUGCAAUAUUCGCGGAAAUUGAGGACAUUGAGAAGGAAGCUAAAAAAUACUUACAGAGUCAGGUGAAGCAUUUCGGAGUUAAAGUUACUUUCCAUGGGACCGAUAAAAAGCGAUAUCAAAUUGAGAUUCCGGACAGUCAAGUGAAGAAAAUUGGUCCUGGAUAUGAACUUCAGUCACAGAGGAAAGGAUUUAAGCGUUACUACACUGCUGAAGGCAAAGAACUAUUGACCCGACAAAUGAACGCUGAAGACGAGCGUGACAAAGUUCUCAAGGAUUUGAAUCGGCGAAUUUUCGCGAAAUUCAGUGAAAAGUAUGAUUUGUGGAGCGUUGCUGCUUAUAAGAUUGCUAUUAUGGAUGUACUCAUUUCCCUCGCCGAAUACGCUCGUUGUGGCGACAUGUGCGUCCCAGAAAUCAUCGACGAAAAGAUAUGUACGCAAAUCAAAGAUGGCAAACACCCAUGCAUAAUGAGUGAAAGUUUCGUACCGAACGAUACUUCUUUAGCUGCUGACGGAAACGCUUCUCUUGUUAUUCUUACCGGUCCUAACAUGGGCGGAAAGUCCACUCUCAUGCGACAAGUUGGACUAAUUACUAUUAUGGCCCAAAUGGGUUGUUACGUGCCAGCGAGUGCUUGCCGCUUGAGCUUGGCGGACCGAAUUUUUACGAGACUCGGUGCGAACGAUGAUAUUUUAGCUGGCCAAAGUACGUUUUUGGUAGAGUUGAGCGAAACGGCGACUAUUCUUCAACACGCCAGUCCUCAUUCUUUGGUUUUGUUGGAUGAACUCGGACGCGGUACAUCAACUUACGAUGGUACAGCGAUUGCAGCGGCGGUAGUCGAUGCCUUGACCAAACUAAAGUGUCGCACUUUGUUCUCAACUCAUUAUCAUUCGCUGGUCGAAGAUUACAAGACAAACAAGGACGUAACUUUGGCCCACAUGGCGUGUAUGGUUGAGACGGAGGAAGAAGAAAUAUCUCAAGAAACAGUGACUUUCCUGUACAAGUUGAGCGAAGGAGCUUGCCCCAAAUCUUAUGGUUUCAAUGCCGCUCGUCUCGCUGGAGUACCUGCAUACGUCACCAAACGAGCGCAUGAAAUUGCAACUAAACUCGAACGGGAAGUCAAACAGAAACAUAUGUUUGUAGCGCUUUGUAACCCCGGUGACAAAUCCUUCAAAAAUCUUGUUGAAGCUCUUGCUGCCAUGUAAAAGCAGUUUUCUCCUUCGUUGUUCUAAAUUACCAUGUAUUAUGCGUACCGUCAUACCGAAGGAGCAAAAAGUCAUUUUCAUUCAUUUUGCUUUGGUCUUCCCCUGAACGAAAUAACUCAUCGAUUCUUUGUUAGAUUUCAACACGUCAAUCAGAAUAGUUUGAAAAAUCGGAAAUUCUGUUCCUAGUAAUUCUUCAAAACCUAUUGAGCUAUAUUUUUUUCAUCAUUUUUGUUCUAAAUUAUUGGCGAUCACCCAGCUCUCUACUUUCAGUUAUUUUCAAAAUUAAAAAAAUGAAUCGUCAUUGCAGUUGGAAUAGUUUUUUUGAUUCGAAAGAAGCUCGUAUUGAGUAAUUUUUCUUGCUUCAUGUCCUAGAAUGAUAUUUUCAACUUUGCCCUUUUUUUCGACUGUACGACUACGAACCUUGAUUCCUGCGCAGCGCGCUUCAAAUAACAUUAUUGUUGAUGUCAUUAAUAUUUUGUGCCAAACUUUGUUAUUUAUAUAAUUUAUAUCAGUAUUGCAUUUCCGGAGGAGGCUUAAUGAAAAAAAAAAAAAAAUACAGCGUGCCUCGGCGUUGAAUCUCACCUUUUCCAUUCCAAAUAUUUGCAAGACUUUGUACCUGCGUUUGUUUAUAUUCGUUCACUUGUUUUCUGAGUCAAACGAUGCAAAUAAUGUUAAAAGUGAACAAUAAAGUAUAACAUUUGAGAGCA